GGCGGAGCGGAGCGGCGGAGAGAGGGGCGGCGGCGGCGGAGCGGCGGCCGGCGGUCCACCAUGAGCACCCUGGAGCUGCUGCUUUGCCUCUCUCUGUGCGUGGCGUGCGUGGCCAGCAAACCCACGGAGAAGAAGGAGCGCGUUCACCACGAGGCCCCGCUGAGCGACAAAGCCCACGACGACGCUCAGAGCUUCGAUUACGACCACGACGCCUUCCUGGGGGCCGACGAGGCCAAAACCUUCGACCAACUGACGCCGGAGGAGAGCAAGGAGAGGUUGGGCAAAAUCGUCGUGAAGAUCGACAGCGACCAGGACGGCUUCGUGACGGUGGAGGAGCUGCGGGAGUGGAUUAAGUUUGCGCAGAAGAGGUGGAUCUAUGAGGACGUGGAGCGGCAGUGGAAGGGCCACGACCUCAACGGGGACGGCACCGUGUCCUGGGAUGAGUACCGCAACGCCACCUACGGCUCCGUCCUGGACGACCCCGACCCGGACGACGGCUUCAACUACAAGCAGAUGAUGGUGAGGGACGAGCGGCGCUUCAAGAUGGCCGACCGCGACGGCGACAUGGCGGCCACCAAGGAGGAGUUCACCGCCUUCCUGCACCCCGAGGAGUACGACUACAUGAAGGACAUCGUGGUGCAGGAGACGAUGGAGGACAUCGAUAAGAACGGCGACGGCUUCAUCGACCUCGAGGAGUACAUCGGCGAUAUGUACAGCCACGACGGGGAGGCGGAGGAACCCGAAUGGGUGAAGACGGAGCGGGAGCAGUUCGUGGAGUUCCGCGAUAAGAACCGCGACGGGAAAAUGGACCCGCGGGAGACGCGCGAUUGGAUCCUCCCCGCCGAUUACGACCACGCCGAGGCCGAAGCGCGGCACCUCGUCUACGAGUCCGACCGCGACAAG